GGACCUAAUGCAACAACAAAAGCUGCUAAGCACAGAAGCUGAAAGGAUGCGCCGCCUUGAAGAGAUUCCAGAAAUUAUUGCAGAUACAGAACAAGAAGGAAAUGAAACUGAACUGGAAGUUGCAGCAAGCAACUCGUCUCAAGAGAAUAGAGGUAAUACAAGUACCUCCUUACCUCCCUUGCCUCUAGGAGCGAAACAGCAAGUAGCUAAUGCUUUAAGUGAUAUUCAAGGGGAGCCACCAAAAGGUAAAGAAAGUGACAGUGCUUCUUGUUUCAUGGAUGCGACUGAAAAUUCUAAAGGUAAUACAGCCUUCUUACCAUCCUUGUCUCCUGGAGCAAAACAACAAGUAGAAUAUUCUUUAAACGGUCAUCAAGAGGAGCCACCUAAAGCAGAGAAUGUACUCAAAUGUUUAAGAGAGGAGAAACCAACCAAAGAUGGAAGCUCAACUGAAGCCAUGGGCAUUGCCAAAGAUGAAAGCGAGUACACCAGGUGCAAGAAUGGCGGGGCAAAUAUUGAAGAAGCUAUCAACCUGGAUAGUGACGAAGAUGAGGAUCUUCACAUUGUUGAACAUAGGACAGAAGGCAACAAGUCACAUGCUCUGAGGGCUAUGAAUGGUGGGCAUCUUUAUAUGCAGCAACCCAAGUCAGGUUCGCUUAUAGCCUUACAUGCCCAGGGAGCCAUGAAUGGGGAUCUUCACCUGGAGCAGCACGGGGCGGCAGUGCAUGCAGCCAUGAAUGCGGUGUCACCCCUCACACCACUGUGGAAUUAUGUAGAUCCUCAAGGACACACCCGAGGGCCAUUUCCACUGUCUUGCCUGUUUCGUUGGAGCGGCUUCUUCGCGAAGGACUUCAAAGUGUGGAGGACAGGAGAGACCGCGGAGCAGGCUAUUUUGCUUACAGAUGCCUUUCUCAUGUAUCUGUAGCGUGCUCUCUCAGUUGAGCCUUCCGUCUUAACUUUUGAUCUCUCAGUUGACCUGGAAACACCUUAUUAGGUCGUCAUCUUCCUGAGAAUAUAUACUUAGGUAUUUGUUGGCAUGCCGUGUUUAGUUCAGGCAGGCAUUUGUUGCUCGCUGAUCGAUCAGGUGUUGGUGAUGAUCCUUCUUGGGUUGGAUUUCUCCUAUUCUUUUCCACUUCAGUUUGUAGAACACUGCUCUGCAUCUCGCUAAUGUUUAAGAACAAGUUGCCAUGGUUCAUGUUCUUAAAUGCAU